UAGCUUGCGCCUCGCUCCAUAACUUGGAUAUAAUCAUACCCCCGACUUCCCCCAAGGUAGUAAUUGCAGUCGCUGGUGGCCAGAAGCGGAUGCGGACCGGGUCCCGUCCCGACGGCGCGGAGUGAUGCAGACGGCAAAAGGGAAGGCCGAGGCGCUUGGACGGAAAGCCAAGCUUGCGAGUUCAUAUCAGGAGUUGCUCGACGAGUUCUCGAGCAAAGACCUUCGAUCGGUUGGAAACUAUACCCUCGGACGACUAAUUGGCAAAGGAUCCUUCGGCAAGGUCUACUUGGCCACCCACAAACUUACAAAUGGCUCCAAGGUCGUGCUCAAGUCAGCCAACAAGGAUGAUACCAACCUCGCUCGCGAAAUCCAUCAUCAUCGCCAGUUCGUCCACCCGCACAUCGCCCGACUAUACGAGGUGGUCGUAACGGAGAACUUGGUAUGGAUGGUGCUAGAAUAUUGUCCAGGCGACGAGUUGUACAAUUACCUCCUUCAACAUGGCAAGCUACCGGUCGACAAGGUGCAGAGGAUCUUUGCGCAACUGGUGGGCGCCGUGUGCUACGUCCAUCGACAAUCCUGUGUCCAUCGAGAUCUGAAACUGGAAAACAUCCUCCUCGACAAACACGAGAACGUCAAGCUAUGCGACUUUGGUUUCACACGCGAAUAUGAGGGCAGUGCCAAGUAUCUGCAGACGUUUUGCGGUACCAUCUGUUACUCGGCUCCGGAAAUGCUAAAGGGCGAAAAGUAUGCGGGCGAAAAGGUGGAUGUUUGGAGUUUGGGGGUUAUUCUCUUUGCCCUUCUCUGCGGCGAGCUUCCCUUUGACGAUGAUGACGAGCAAGUUACCCGGCGAAAGAUUCUUGGCGAAGAACCAGUUUACCCCGAUACCCUUCCGGAAGAUGCGCUAUCUCUUCUAAAGACACUACUAUCCAAACGACCGCUAAUACGACCGUCCCUGCCCGAUAUCCUCGCCCACCCCUUUCUCGCCGAAUAUGCGCCACAACAGCAAGAGAUUCUGAAACUCGAGCAUCCACCGCCGUUCUCGACGCCGUUGGAGAAAGAGACGUUACAUCGAAUGCGAAGCGCUGGGGUUGAUACGGAGGCGGUGAUGGAGAGCGUCAUGGCCCAGAAGUGCGACGCCCUUGCUGGCUGGUGGACGCUACUGAUCGAGAAGGAGGAACGGAAAGCGGCGAGACGGGAACGAAAGCGCAGGGAAAAGGAGGAGAACCGAAACUCGAGACGCUUCUCUCAGGCUUCCAGUCGACUCAAUGCUUUGGCUACUGUAGAAGAGUCACAGUAUGCCCCGUUCGGAGAGCAGCCACAGAGACCACGAGGGCGAAGCGAGAGUAGGAGAAGCGGGCACUACCCGGCUUUGCUCAUCCCCGAUAUGCCCAGCUUAUCCGACUAUCCCAGAAGCGCAACCGAUACCCGCAGUCCGAUAGAAGGCGAUAUGCCACCUCCGCCGCUGGAUAAGGACUCGAUUAGGGGUAGAUCUACCAGCUCCUCGCGGCAUAGGAAGCCAAUUCCUCCGCCCAAGGAGGGUAUUCUGAGGAGUGCGCGAUCGAGAGGCUCAACUCUUCAUUUGGUUACUACGAGUGAAGUUCUGGACUUGAACGGGAGUCUACAGCUGCCUGAUGACCAGAACCAGGUGAAGAAGAGGCCGUCUAAGACCAAGAUAUUCUGGAAGAACUGGACGCAUUGGCUUUUUGAGAGUACACGGCGGCAUAAGAACUCGCAGAAGCGCGCCAGCCAAUCGACUCCCAACCUGGCGGAUAAGGCCGCCGUGCAGAGUGCGAAGGAUGGCAAAUCCAAGGAUGGGGAGAUUCAACGGCCGCAGACGAGUAAGUAUCCAGCGGCGAGCUCUCCGAUCACAUCGGGUACGGCUGGCCUACCUAAGGGUGUAGUAGCCAACGGCUACGCCAACAAAGCGUCACCGGCCCUCUCCGCAGGCUCUGCACCGUUUAAGAACAGUAACGGCUGUGUCGGCCUUUCGAGUUCGCUACCGUCCUCUUUGCCACCAGUUCCACGCACAUACACGUCAGGCUCCCACAAGCGACAGUCCCUAUCGCCAUCACCCGUAACACCGCGCUCCACCAUGCGGCGAGCCUCUGGUACCGCGGGCCUUCGUGGCAGGAAGUCCACCUCUUCGUCGGUCUCCUCCAUCCGUUCAAUGCACCCCACCCACCACCAUACCCACAGCAAAGCCAGUUCUACCUCCUCCAACAAUUCCGUUUCUACAUCGGUCUCGAAAUCCGCCUUACAAGCCAGCCGCAGUCCGCACCACUCCGUCAAGGUCCUCCCCGCCACGCCAACAACCGUCGGCUUCCCAAGCAACAUCCGCUACGUCCGCGACCGCACCGGCCCGCCCCUAGGCAUCGGCAGCAUCGGAGGCCCCAGUCUCUUUGCUAACUCGCCCAAUGACUACGGCUCUUCCGAUGACGGCCGCCUCAACGCCGCCUUCCUCGGCAAUGGCGGCGGUGGCAGAGGCGGUCUCUCCGCCCUCAACACCAACACGCAGUACUACCACAUGCCGCCCGCCCCUGGCUCGCCCAACCCCUUUGCCUCGGUCAACUCGGGAGGCUAUUUUGCUCCGAGGGCACCGGGCAACGGAUCACCUGUGGUUGGACCCGGUGGCCAUGGCGGCGUCAUGUUCGCCAAGAGAAAGAAGAAUAUCUUCAAGGGCCCGGUGCUCAACUUUGGCGGCAGUGCCGCUGGUGCUAGCAGUAGGCAGAGAGAGGAAAGGAGUAGCAGCGGUGCGUCCGGGUCAGCUUCGGCGAGUCAUUCAAGGAGUGCGAGCGCUAGUGGUAUGGGACGGAGGAGUGGGGAGAUUACGAUCCAGGAGGAGGAGGAGCCUGGGGAGGAAGAGGAAGAAGAACAGAAUGCACAUGGUGGCGGUGGAUAUAGUAGCGGUGGUGGUGGCUAUCACAAUAGCCAUUGGGGCGGAAGCAGGACGGGCGCAGGCUGGGGAGGACUAGGGAUGGCGGGCAUGGAAGAGGAAGAGGAGGUGGAAGAGGUGGAUAGCUUUAGUCCCAUUAUUACCGGGCCAGGCGAAAUUGUGGAGGAGAGGAUCAUUGAGGAUGGGGAGGAAGAGGAAGAAGACGAUGACGCCCAGGAGAGUGCGGACGAAGGUACGAUUACUGAUCAGAGAUCGAGAAGGUCGAGACCUAGGUCGCAGGAUCUUGACGAGGAGGAAGAAGAGGGAUUGAAUGCCGCUGGUGACGCGAGGCGGCACUCGAACUCGAACUCGAACCCGAACCCGAUUCAGACUCCAACGAGGCCGAGCACUCACGGGGUGGAAGAAGAAGAAGAAGAAGAUCAUGUUGAUGUCGGUGAAGAGUUCAAAGGGCUUGGGUACGAUGUCGGGGUCGCGAUAACUACGGCACCCCACAGGCUGAGCGCCGACGGGCCUCCGCUCACGUCAUCAACUGUUCGGGCCGUCCCGGAACAACACCAACAACAGAAACGCGGGCACAGAAGGGGAUGGAGUAAUGGGACUAGUAGCAGCGGUGGUGGUGGAAGUAAUAACAAUGGGGAAGGAAGUAGUGGUAAGGUUAGCAGAUGACGGUUAGUGAGGCGGGCCUUGCAUAUAACUAAUAAGUAAAGUGGUGUCGUGUAUGUGUGUGAGUAUAAAGAAGGGAUAGGCAAC